UAUUCGUGAGCGCUCGAAGACUCCCAAUAAUUUCGAUCCAACGGUUAUGUUGUAUUAAUACAUUUUUAUAAUCGCUUCAGCUUUUAUUAAUUUAUUGAUUUUACUGUAUACACCCAAAUAAACAAUUUCAAAUUAAAAUUUUUUUCCUUUGCGCUAUUUUAAAUCUAUACGAAUUGUGCUCUCUCUGCACUUGUUUCAUCGUUCAAGUCGCAUGACCCCAUUUAUCUCAUCUCUCCCACUCAUUCAUUCUGACCUUUGCCGCCAAUUGAUGAAUGUGUUUCAAAUCAGUUUCUGCAAAGUGCCAUCAAAAAAAAAAAAAGAAGAGGGAGGAGACAUUCUCUCUUGGAGCACGGAGCACCUGUCAGUCUUCAAAUCAGUUCAGUUUGAAACACGGCCUAUCUAUACGAAUAUGCAUCUCUGGCAACUUGUUCUGCUGGUUAUUUUGUUCUUUGGAGCAGCAUUUGGAGCUGAUUUGGAAGGAUCCGGCUCAGGAGAUGUUUCAACUGAUGCUAAGGAAGCCAUUUUAAAUGCUCAGACCCUUUUGGAUGCAGUCUCAUCAGAUGGAAGCGGCGCCGAUGUUGAAGCAUCCGGGGAAGACGUCCAGACUUUCUUCUUCUAAAAAAUCAGAUUUUAUCAAUUUUCGAUCACUGCCGUUUUAUCAUAUCCUUGGUUAUGUUACACAGUUGUUUUUUUUUAAUAUUUUACUAUAAGUAAAUGAUUUUUUUUCCGAUAACAACUUAAAUUUUCAGAGUA